GCCCCGCCCGCGGGGAAGCGGAAGCGCAGGCUCGGGUGUGCAGCUACUAAGGCCGGAAUCUGUACUGGAUUAUAAGUAACACUUGCUUGGGCCCAGCACGUUUCUGCAGCAGUAAGACCUGCAAUGACACACUGCAACUCCUAUCAUUUAGUCUGAGAGCGCACGUUAGAGCCUGAAAGGUGACGAUCGUCACACUCACUGCUAGAUCUCCAUGGAAAGUGAUAGAUAACCUGACAGUGCUCAAACCAUUUGCAAUCAGAGGUGGAGCUGUCCUGGAAAAGCAAAUGCCUGGAGUGUUAAAGGCACCCAGGCUGCUGUGAGUUUCAGAGAUCAACCAUGGGCAUUAAAGGCUUGCAGGGAUUUGUGACAAGAGUUUGCCCUGAUGCCUGCAGAACAGUAGAUCUGAAAGAGGUGGCGGAAAAGCAUCGCAUCGAUCAUCCAGGUAUCCCACCUGUUAUCGUAGUAGAUGCCAUGAGUUGUGUUAGGCACUGGUACACGCCGGAAUCCUGGGUGUGCGGUGGCCAGUGGCGGGAGUACCUUGCCAAUUUAGAGGAUUUUAUUAAAGCUUUUACAGCAGCCGGUAUCACGCUGGUGUUUUACUUCGAUGGAGUGGUAGAAGAGAAGAAGAGAGAUGAGUGGAUCAAACGGAGGUGGCAGAAUUACAAGGAAAUAGCUGCACUGUUUCAGUUUGUCAAGACUCACAGGAAACAACCGGGGAGAGGAAUGUUCGUUCUUCCCUCAGCGUUGCCUACUUUUACACGGUAUGCCCUCAAGUCACUUGGUCAAAAAACUGUGUGCACAUUGCAGGAGGCAGACUUUGAGGUGGCUGCGUAUGGUUUGCAACAUAAUUGCAUAGGAAUUCUUGGGCAAGACAGUGACUACCUCAUCUAUAAUACAUCUCCCUAUUUUUCCAUUGAGAAGCUCUGCGUGGACAAACUGGUCACUGUUAUGUACUGCAGAGAAGCUCUUUGCCGUGCGUUGGGUCUUAGUAUGACACACCUCCCUCUCUUUGCUUGCUUGCUUGGCAAUGAUGUUGUUCCAGAAAACUUGUUGGAAGGCUUUUGGCGUAAAUGUUUAGCCACCUGUCCGCCCAGGAAUAAGAGCUACAACAGAAGAACAAACGUACUUCUGGCUGUGGCAAACUACAUCUCAAGAGUUCCGUGCUCGUACAGCAGCCUGAAACACUUGGAAGAGAUGCUGCCUUUGGGAUCAGACAAAACAUUACUUCUCAGAGGAAUGGAGUCCUAUCUUUUGCCUGGGCAGCAGUCUCCAUGGAUUCCUCCCACUGCGGGACAUCUCAAAACAUUCUCAGGUGUAGAAGAAACAGCCAUGUGCCAAGAUAAGGAAAUAUUUCAGUUAGCUAAGGAACAACACAUCCAAUCUGAAAAUUAUGUAAUUUUCAAUAUCCUGAGUAAUGGAGUGAUUGAGUGCAGCAACUCUUUGGAAGAUGAUCGCGAUACAGAGAUUCCUGGACAGGCACUCAUCUUUCGGCCUGCUCGUCAGCAUGUUUAUUCUGUCUUGUUGGAAUCUGGAAAAGGUGGAGCCUGUCCUUCUGUGAAAGAGUGGUUUGUCUAUUUUGGAAAUCCUCUGCAGGAGCCAGAAGUGAUACAACCUGUGCAGCCUCCUCUUCCAGGUGGAACACCUAAUUUGAAAACACUGUGGUUUGCCAAGGGACCUGAAGUGGAAAAGCAACGGUACAGUACAUUUCUGGCAUGCUUUCAUCUUCAAGAUUUGAUGGAAGAGCUCCAAGCUCUAGAAGCACCUGUUGCAGGAUUCUGCUGCUUGCUGGCCUAUCUAAUGCUGCAGGUCCAUAGCCUAUCUCUGGAAGACUUACAUGCAUUUGUGGCUCUCAUUCUCUGCCUCAGAGGAAAGUCAGCAUCUCAGCUGGAACGUUUGCAGCUUAUGGAAGUGGACUCCAGAGCUGUCCAUCUUGGUGCUGUCUUUAUUCGUGGCCUUACAACAUUGCUUAUGGCCAAUAGUGCCUGUGGCUUUCCAUUCAGAAUGGAUGACUUGAUGCCUUGGAAAGUGUUUGAUGGAAAACUUUUUCAAGAAAAAUACCAACGGUCACACCGAAGUUGCUCUGUGGAGGAGCUUUUGGAAGGCAAUGAGUCUCUGUAUGCACCCUUCCAGAAUCUGAAGUCACUCAUUUGCAAGGCUUGCAUGGCGAAGAAGAGAACAAUACAGAGCAGACCAAGAGGGAAGGGAUUUGUCACAGGAACACAGCAAAGAGAAUUUAAUCCCAGGUUCCAACAAGCACACAGAAGUUCUUUUGUUCCUCCAUAUCAUAAUCAGAUGAGGGGGUUCCUCUGGAGAAGUCCUCAACCAGAAGGUAGAGAAUAUAGAUCGGGACAUCCAGACCGGAGGAGAAGAUUCCACCAUCCUCCUCGGUCGCCCAGAUGACCCUACUUAUCACUGGAAGUGAAUGAAAAUGGAUAAGAAAACAAGAUUUUUAUGAAAGGCUUUAUGCUGAAGAUCACAAAAACUUUCAGCAGUGGUGGUGGGAAGGCUCUAAUCAGAAUUUUAUCAUGCAUCAUUUUCAGUUAGGUUUUAUUUUGUAUACAUUGUUUUUCUAGACUAUUGCUUGCUGAAGUAAAUUAUGGAGUGUAGCAAAACAAUUCUUAUGUAUUUUAGGCUUCAUACAGUAUUGUUUGGAGCACUUUAUAAAAAUGUUAUUGACACAGUUAUACAACGAUUAAAAAAACUGUAAUUUAAAAAAAUCAUGCCUAAAAAGCAAAAGCCAGUCCUAGGUGUUAAAAAGCUGCAGAAAUUUAAUUAAUUCAUCUAGUUCUAUUGGCAAAACUGUUAUGCCUCUUCUGUUAAAUCUUUAUGCUAUAUGAGGAUGAAAUUGCCCAGUCUUGA